AUGGAAAACAAGGAUCAUUCAGACGGCUCAUCUCUCACUUCUUCCAAUGAUUUAAAACCCAUCGACAAGAGGGAAGCUAUAAAGAAGUAUGCCACGGCAACUGCUGUGAUAAACGGAGUGGCCGCCGGGACUACGAAUAUAAUUUUACAGCCGUUUGCGGUGCUGAGGACUACCAUACAAUCGAUGAACGUCUACGACCACGGGAUCAAGUCGGAGCGCAGCAAAGUCAUGGAGAUUCUAAAGACCUUUAAGGCGGGAGGAAUCAGGUCCAUGUACCGCGGGUGUGCCUCGUCAGUCUGCCUCUCGGCCAGCGGCUGGGUCGUGUUCAGGUUUUUCUACGACAAGCUCUCGCACUACGACCUGUUCAAGGACACCACGAAAACCUCUGUCAAUCUCACGAGAAGCGCGACCAGCAGCCUGAUGACGAGCGUUAUUCUGCACCCGUUUUGGAACGCGAGGCUCGCAAUAGAGCUGCAGAGCGCGCAGACGCGGAUAGACGGGUGGCCGCAGUACCGAGGAGCGCUGAACUACGUGAUCCGCACAAUCGCCCAGCGCGGGGGCAUAAGGGCGAGCUUUCGGGGCCUGUCGGUGUCAAUGUCGGCAGUGUCGCACCACACGCUCCUGAUGGUCAUCUACGACAAGCUGUCGUCGCUGAAGCUGCCGGCGCACCUGAAGAGGGCCGAGAAGGCGCAGCCCUUCGUAAACGGAAUGAUAUCGCGCCUGGUCCCGACGCUGGUCUGCUACCCGCUCUACGUCACGCGCGUGAUGCAGCAGUGCCACAACACGGAGGUGACCAAGUACUCAAUAUCGCGCAUUCUGUUCUGGAACUACAAGAAGAACCGGAUCAAGGGCAUGUACUCGGGGCUCCCGGUGCAGCUGGUCAGGUCGACGCUGUCAGGAGGAAUCAUGUUCACGAUCUACGAGACGCUCUUGACGCUGUCGUCGAACCUGAUCAUCAACCUGCUCAAUGUAGUCCUUAGCUAUUAG